CCCAGCAUCACACAGCAGUCUCUCCUCUUGUCAGAGGAGGGUAGACCGGGAGCCGAGGACCCACUGUCGCCACAGUGCAAAAUAACGAACUCAACGAACGUUUCGGAACAUUUUGGACACGACUUUUCUGAUGUUUUCGGGUGUCAGGUUGUCGGCAAUGAAGUCGUCACACAGUCGCCCCUCCAGAGUGGGUAGAAACCCCUUCGCCCACGAGCUGAAAUUCACCAUGACAGAAAAAAUAAAGAUAGGACUGAUGUCAGUUACAGUGUUCCCAGUGCGCCUGCUACUGGUGUCCUUCCUCAUGCUGCUGGCAUGGCCCUUCGCUUUCACUGCCUCGCUGGGACGUUCUGAGUUCGUCAUUGAGCCACAGUCAUGGUGGAGGAGGUUCUUAGACCUGAGUCUCCGGGUGAUCAUGCGAGCCAUGUGGUUUUGCGGAGGUUUCCAUUGGAUCAAGGUGAAAGGGGAACGGGCAGCACCAUCUGAAGUUCCCAUCCUCACCGUGGCACCACACUCCUCAUAUUUUGAUGCCAUCCCAGUCACCAUGACCAUGUGCUCCAUAGUCACCAAACUGGAGAGCAGGAGCAUUCCUGUCUGGGGAACUUUGAUCAGCUACAUCAGGCCAGUGUUUGUAUUUCGCUCGGACCAGGACUCCAGAAGGAAAACUGUUGAGGAAAUCAAGAGGAGAGCCCGGUCUGGAGGGGAGUGGCCCCAGAUCAUGAUAUUCCCAGAGGGGACGUGUACCAACAGGUCCGGUCUCAUCUUAUUUAAGGCUGGUGCUUUCAUCCCAGGACUCCCAGUGCAGCCAGUGGUGCUACGCUACCCAAACAAACUGGAUACUGUUACAUGGACAUGGCAAGGUCCAGGAGCGUUCAAGAUCCUGUGGCUCACUCUGUGCCAACCUCAUAAUCCUAUGGAGAUAGAGUACUUGCCUAUUUACACUCCAUCAAACGAGGAGAAGGAAAACCCUGCUCUGUUUGCCAAUAAUGUCAGGAAACUCAUGGCCAAGGCACUGGAGCUGCCGCUCACAGACCUAUCCUUUGAUGACCGCGACAUCAGCCUAUCACAGGGCCCACUGCGCAUCCAUGAUUACAGCACCCUGCUUGAGUUCAACCAGCUGGUGUGUCGCUUAGGGCUGAGAGCAGGGACCACAGACAAGGUGCUAGAAGAGCAGGCCAGAAGAGCCAGAAAGCUGCAGGGAGACAGGCUGAGUUUAGAAGACUUUGCCCAGUUCUUCAACCUGCCAGUUACAGACACACUCACACAAGUCCAUAGCCUCUUUGACCAGCAUGGAGAUGGGCAGAUAGACAUCAGGCACUUCGUUAUAGCGCUGUCGACUGUUUUCCGACCAUCAAAGUCAAUGGAGACCCUCAAACUGGCCUUCAAGAUGUAUGAGAGCGAAGCGAACGGGGAAGUCCUGGAACAGGAGCUCGCUGCCAUCUUGGAAAUAAUGCUGGGAGUGGAAGAGGUGGAACUUUCUAUGCUGUUUUUAGAUCUUGAAGGACCUGACACGGACAAGAUCACAUAUGAUGAACUUCAUGAUUUUAUAGAGCAGCACCCACACUUUGUCCUGGAUUACCUUGAUUUUAAAAACCACCCGCGCAAAUUCUGCGUCGGCCGACCUAAGAGCUGCAAUGGCCAGAACCAUGACAAAGACGACUGAAUUAUGGACUUGAGAUAUCCCACUACUCUAUUUCUCUUCUCUCUCUGUCAUAACAGCAUCUUCACAUGCUGCAGUUUGCCUACCACCUUUGUGCCUUUUAAGUGCAGGGAGGGAAAAAGGCAAAAGAGUGCUUGGAUGGGAGGAGAAUAACAGAGUAGUUACUGUAGGAAGUGUAAAGAUGAAUCAUGGCAGCACAGAUGAUGGAGAUGGAGUCAAAAUCUCUACACCAUCACUCCAUCUUUUUUUUUUGGCCUUUCUUUGUUUUUACUCUGUAUCAUGAUUUAAAGAAACUUGUUUUAUUAAAUGAUCUGCAAAUAUAUUAUUUAUUUUAAGAUUAUUUUCUUAUAUAUUAAGUAUUAAGAUAUUUAUCUAAUUAGUUGAUGAAAGGGUUUUUUUUGUCAACUUUUUGUUUAGCACUGUUGUUGAUCUCAGGCAAACAAACACUAGCACAUCGCCCAUUCCUGCUGCUCAUUAUUUACAUACUGAAAACUUCAAUUUCAGGUUUAAAAAAAAAAAGAAUCAGGAUAUACACCAUGCUGCCAUUCAGACUGAGCCUGUGAUGUUUAUACCAAAAUUGUAACACCAAAUACUGCAGGAAAAAGCUAAACCAGCCUCUUAAUCCAGAGAAAUCAUUCCUUACUUCAAGCAGCUAUCUCACUGCCAUGGUGUACAAACCAAAAAAACCUUACAAAACAGUUUUUCUAGGGAUGAUUAAUAAAGACCGACAUAGUUUUUGUCCAACUAUGUUUUUCUGGUAGUAUGAUGAGUAAUGUAAUAGCUAUUUCUGCUCAAUUUUGAUGUCAGUGCUGUUUUCCAAAAAAUGUUUUGUCCAUCUCCAAAUAAAAGGAAGGUCUCGCUUUUCUAAGAACAACAUA